AUGUUCUCUGCCAUGCUGAUGGACGCGUACCGCGACGAACGCCCCGGGAUCCGCCUCGCCUACAGGACGGACGGUCACCUCCUGAAUCAACGGCGAAUGCACUUCCAAUCGCGCGUAUCCACAACCACCGUUCACGAACUCCUCUUCGCCGACGACUGCGCCCUGAACACCACCUCGGAAGAGGAGAUGCAACGGAGCAUGGACCUGUUCUCUGCCGUCUGCGAGAACUUCGGUCUGGUCAUUAACACGCAGAAGACUGAUAGGCAUAACCCAUAA